AUGGGGGCCUUUUUAAACAAACCUGAAACUAAGAAGUAUAACGAGAAUGGAGAAGGUAACGGACUUCGCUAUGGCGUGGCGUCGAUGCAGGGCUGGCGCGUGGAAAUGGAAGAUGCUCACCACGCGCAGCUUACUUUGAAUGGAACUUUAUCGGACUGGUCAUAUUUCGCUGUAUUUGACGGCCACGCGGGAGCCCGGGUGUCAGCACACUGUGCUGAUAAUCUCCUCGAGUGUAUCUUGCAAACGGAUGAGUUUAGGCGAGAAGAGAUAGCGGAGGCGAUCCGCACUGGUUUCCUAGACCUAGAUAAGAAGAUGCGAGAACUGCCAGAGCUAUCGAACGGUGAAGAGAAAUCGGGUUCUACAGCAGUAUGCGCGUUCGUAUCGCCAAAGCAGAUAUAUAUAGCAAAUUGUGGCGAUUCUCGCGCAGUUCUUGCUCGGAAUGGAGCGCCAAUAUUUGCAACGCGAGAUCAUAAGCCCGAAUUGCCAUCAGAAAAGUCUCGUAUAGUGCAAGCUGGUGGUUCAGUAAUGAUACAGCGUGUAAAUGGCAGUUUGGCGGUGUCCAGAGCGUUAGGCGACUAUGAAUAUAAGAAGGUGCUGGAUCGUGGGCCGUGUGAACAACUGGUGUCCCCAGAACCCGAAGUAUCUGUACAUGAGAGGCUAGAGGCGGAGGAUGAGUUUCUGGUGCUAGCCUGCGAUGGUGUUUGGGAUGUAAUGAGUAAUGAGGAUCUGUGUGCGUAUGUGCACUCACUGCUGCAACUGACAGAUGACCUUGUUGCCAUCACCAAUCAGGUCAUCGACACCUGCCUUUAUAAGGGUAGUAAAGAUAACAUGAGCAUCGUCCUGGUGGUGUUCCCGGCGGCCCCCAAGCCGAACGCAGAGGCCCAGCGCGCUGACCGCGAGCUGGACGAGACCCUACGACAACGGCUUACAGCCCUGAUAGAACAAAGCGGGGGACAAGAUGAAGAGACGUCCAGUCGCUUUUCGUACGUGCUCAAACAACUCGUGCAAGAGAACAUACCGGGUCUGCCGCCCGGCGGGGGCUUGGCUGCCAAGCAAGCGCUACUGGACAAAAUAUACAGGGAGUUCUACCCGGAACACACCGACAGCUCUGAGACGUUCGACUGCCAAGCUGAACUGGCGGACGCGUUCGCUAAC